AUGGAAAUUCAGCCCCAACAGAGCUAUUCUGAUCUAUUUCGCCUCACCCAUGAUGGUACAGGAAGCUCUCUCAAGGUUUCGACUGAAUGGAGAAGCUCUAAGGUUACCCAGAUUGAGUACAGCGCUUGUUUUGGAAACGAAAGCAACAUCGAUUGUGGCCCUCCUAAUAUGAUCUAUUAUGACCUUUCGAAGAUCAAUGACCCAUCCAAUGCCGAGUAUAGUGUCCGCAUUGAGCCCAGCUUUGCUUGUUGGCAUGAAGUCGGUGGAGAUGAAUGGGAUUCUGGGCCGAUUGUAGCGGACGGCGGUUGA